GCGGGGGGAAAUCAGCCGGUGGCGCACGAUUCGAGAAGGUUCCAGGCGGAGUAGGCCUCAGCCUCGGGCGUGGAGUGAAGCCGUACGCGGAGGAGAGGCGCCGCGGGAGGGGGAGAGAAAGGAAAACAAAACACACACACGCGGGACGGCAGUCUUCCCCUCCCUCCGAGGGAAAUGUUCAGGCCGAAUUUCCGACCGUCCCGGGCCGGGUUCCGCAGCCCGCCGCCAGGCCCAGGCCCGGGCUCGGGUGUGAGCCCGUUCCCCGGGACGGGACAGUCCGGAGGAGGAGGCGGAGGCAGCAGCAUGUACUCCUGGGGCAGCUCGGCCACCCCGCCCUACGGCGGCUGGCAGCCCCCUCGUGGGGUUUAUAACAAAUCGCCGCAGCAGCAAGGCCCGGGCUCGGGGUCUUUCCAACACCGUUACCAGAGCCCGUCUCCCGGACAGCAGCAGCAGCAGCAGGGUUUCAGCGGCGGAAGCAGCAGCCCCAGGCACCGGGGCCGAUACUCCUCUCCCCCUUACCUUCACCAUCCGCAGCAGCACACACUGUCUCCGGGACACUCCCCCAGCCCGCACCAUCGCAAAUACCAGGCUUCGCCCAGGACGUCCACCCCGUUCAGCGGUGGCGGGGGCAGGUCCCCGGCGCCGGUGGAACAGUACUACAAAGCCUCUAUGCUGCAGGACCCCUGGGCUGACCUGGAGCCAGUCCUUGUCUCUGACAUUCACCAGCAGUACAGCAACCUGCAGACCCCCAGCACUGGCAAAGGACGGAGAUAUUUCUCUUAGCAGCAAAAAAAAAAGACUCUUGCAUUAACCAUCCUUUUCUCACGUGUGUGUGUGUAUAUGUCUGUGUGUAUCUACCAAAGGUAGAGUAACUCCCUCAACCGGCCAACAUGGAUCGAGAGCUAUUCUGGUUCCCACUAGCAUUGCAUUCCACAGACUUUUUUUUAAACAAAACAGGAUUUUGAUUACAAUUUUUUUGCAGAAUCAACUUUUUAAAAAAUAAGUCCUAUUUUUUUACCCAGGCACCUUUUUUUCCUUUUUUGGCAACACCAGGGUCUCGUUGGAUGUUACCCGGAGAGUAUUAACUACUUCAGAAUUGGGAAGUGCCUGCUCAGAAGAACUGUUGAAAUGUUCUUUAAAAUCACCAGCUAGUAAACAAUGACUAAUUGUUUUACAGGUGUCCACUACUCCUAUGCAUUAAUGAACAGGUUAGACAGCAUGUGAUCUGAUUUUUACUGUAAACCAUUGAAUUGGUCAUUUUUAAAAUUUUUGUCAACUUUUUUAAUUGAUUGAAAUGCCAAUGUUUAAUUUUGUAUAAUCCAUGUUUCUAGCAUAUAUGCGUGUGAAUGUUAGGAUAAAUGAAAAUGAUUCAGGUCUGGUUCAAUAAUGUCAUGGCAAUUCUUGGGUUACGUGCAGUAAAAGUGUACAGUUUUCAGUUUUUGAUUUCAAUUUUUUUUCAGAUGAGUCAAGAAGAACAAUUUGAGGAAAUGUGAAUUCAAUUUGCAAACUUAAGUUGUGGGAGUUUAAUGGAUUGUUCUGUAAUUACUGCUAGCAUACAAACCUACCAGUAUAUAAGAGAUUUUUAUUGUAGAGUGGAUGGAAAGACCGAUUUCUCAGUGGCUGAUGGCUUCCAAUUGUUUCUUGCCUUGGUAUUUAUCAUAAAAAUAAAAAUUUCCUGAUUUUUAAAAAAAAUCUUGAGAUUAUAGAAAAGG